UCGCUCAAGGGGGUGAUUUAUCUUGCUUCCGGGGCGUUUACGCUGAACUACGCGGAUCUCAAACAGGAAGUGCAGCAAUAAAAUUGCAAGAUUGACAGAGUUCUGAGGACUUCAAUAGGGAGCGCUGAAAAUUAGAGGACCAUCAUGUCCUCUGACCAGCUGGUGGACUUACAGGAUGACUCUCCUAGCCCUGCUGCCUUGGACCAUCUUCAACUGGUACAGAGCAAUCAAUGGCCACCAGAUGAACCUGUUAGCCUGAGCAAAUCUGCUUCAGACAUUAAAAAUCUUGGUGGUACCUCACAUCUGCCCUGGGACGACCCCUUUUAUGACAUCGCAAGACAUCAGAUUGUGGAGGUGGCGGGUGAUGAUCACUUUGGUCGAAAAGUCAUUGUUUUUAACGCUUGUCGCAUGCCUCCUCAACAUCAGCUGGAUCACCACAAAUUACUCAUGUAUUUGAAGCAGACUCUUGAUAAGUAUGUGGAGAGUGACUAUACGCUCAUCUACUUUCAUCACGGUAUGACCAGCGAUAACAAGCCCUCUCUUAACUGGAUUCGAGAUGCCUACCGGGAGUUUGACAGAAAGUAUAAGAAAAAUAUCAAGGCACUAUACAUCGUCCAUCCCACCAUGUUUAUCAGAACCAUCCUUAUUCUCUUCAAACCCAUCAUCAGCUUUAAGUUUGGCCGUAAAAUAAACUACAUCAAUUAUUUGAGUGAGCUGGAGGAGGUUGUGAAGUGUGAACAGCUGGUGAUCCCCAGAACAGUCAGAGAGUAUGAUGAUAAGAUUCGUCUGUCUCAGAAGCCGUCAGCCGUCACUGUACUGGACUCACCCACACUUAGUCCUUCCCUUCCUUUCCAGCAAUUUGGUGUCCCUCUGUUAAUAUUGAGAGAGAGGGGUGCAAACGCUGAAGGAAUUCCACUAGUGAUGUUUCAGACUAUUGGAUUCCUGCAGGAGAAUGGUCUACAGACAGAGGGAAUUUUCAGGCGUUCUGCAAAUGUUUUUCAGGUUAAGGAGAUUAAGCAGAAAUAUAACUCAGGAGAGGAAGUGAAUUUCUCUCAGGGUGAUGUCCACUUGGCAGCUGUGAUCCUAAAAACCUUCCUCCGAGAACUGCCAGAGCCGCUGCUCACCUACCAACUCUACAACGACAUUGUCAACUUCCACAAUGUUGACAGCCAGUCUAAGGCAGAAACAAUUAGAAACAUGCUGAUGUCACUAACUGAGGAGAGCUAUGCAUCACUGCGCUUCCUUGUCCAGUUCCUUGCUCAGGUAUCUGCUAACAGUGAUGUCAAUAAAAUGACCAAUCCCAACCUGGCUGUAGUGUUUGGGCCCAAUUUGCUCUGGGGCCAAGAUGCUGCCAUGACACUCAGCGCGAUCGGACCAAUCAACAAUUUCACACGCAUUCUGCUUGACCUCAAUCAAGAGAUUUUUACCAAGUGAGGAGCAGCAGAAGACUUUAACUCCACCCCAUUUGUUGCCCCUCUGUUGCCGUGCACCGUCCUCCUUGGUAUCUACCCUUUGUUGCCAAAUGCAUGAGUAUUUAAACUGUAUGAAGCUACACAGAAAUAAUAAUCGAGGGGGCAGAAUUAAUUUGAUUGAAAUGAAAAGACCUAUUGUUGGGCUUUCACAAAAGAUUAGGCUGUGACAAUCACUUCCUUUUCUCUUCCGCAGAAAUCUUGUAGCUAAGUUACUAUGGUACUGCCUAGGCAGAAUAACUGUAUAGAGACCUAAAUCAGUGAACCAGCAAUGAAUACAUAGCUGUUAUGUCCAUUUUCGGGCUUAUUUAGUGGUAUUGACUCGACCAGUGUGAAUUCAUUGCCGUUUUUGGAGAAGAAUUUUCAUCAAAAUUAAAUGAAAAUUGUGAGCCAUAGUAAACAACUAUGGGCCAGUUCGAAGCACUACUCAAACUUGAAACACUUAUUUUAACACGUUUCUGUUUUAUUAUGUAAGGUCUAUGAUAUUAUGUAUUAUCUUAUUGAGCUUUCAUUCAAUCUUCAUUUUUUUAAUAUAUCUAAUAUUUUUUUCUAUUAUCUAGUCACCUUCACUGCAUCACCUGUUUAUUUCAGUGGUUUAAGGAACCGAUACAGUAAGGCCAGCACAGGAUAUAUCCACACAUUACUUAAGGGGAAUGUUAAUUUAAGACAAAUAAUUAAAUAGGUUUUGGGGAGGGCUUUUUGGGAUCCGUUUUGAAAGCAUUUCAUAUCUUUUAUUAUAUAUGUUCUGUUUAAUUCAGUGUUUAUACAAAUAUAUUCUCUUUGAAUGUGUGUGUAGAUCUUUGUGCGUGUGUUCAGUAAUGCUGUUGUAUUAUUUUACCCCAUACAAGAUUAUAUGGUUUGUGACAUAUUGUACCUGUAAGAUGUACUGUCUGUCAUGAACAAUGCCAUUUAAGAAAAGGAAACUCAAAACAUUUGCUGGUGUUUUUAUCUAUAAGACAUAUCAUAGUGUGGAGCGGGAACUCUCUUAUUUGCUUCAGUUUGACGAUAAAUGGAUAUAAUGCUACGGAUUUUGCACAAAGUAGGCUUGUUUCAUAAAGCAGGUACAAAUAAGUGUCAUAUGAACUUGCUGUUUAAUUGUAAUUGUGUCAUGUAAACAUCCUGUUCAUGUCAAUACAUCUGAGCAUUGGCAUGUGGACCAGUGGCUUAAAUAGUUUAAGCAAAGCUCCCUCAAACCAACGUGUUUGUGUGCCUUACUGGAAUGACUGGCUGUUUAAUCCUCCUUUUCUGGACAAAUCUGUAAACUUUGUGCCAUUUUGUUGUAUCAAAAUGCCUGCCUGUUUUUCUGUACUGUAAAUGUGUAUUUCUGGUUUCCAGGUGGAACUUUGCAUUACUUCUUUUGUGAAGUUUCUUUUCUUCCAGUUCGGCUGUUAAAUUGUAUUCCAUCGUUUUCAAAUUCUUUACUUUUGUACAUUAUUUUGUGAAUUCUGAGUAAAAAAUUGUAAGAGGUG